AUACAAUCACUCGUAUUAAUACGAUUGAGUAGUUUCCAUUCUACUGCACAGUUUUACGCAGUUGCAGUUAAAAUCUUACUUCCAGUAAGAAAUGGAUAGACAAAAUAAUAACUUUCCUUUGGAAAUCAAGGAUGUGGAUCAUGAGCUGGCAAAGAAAAUGAUGAAACUGUUUACAGGUGAACAUACUGGCUUCGUCCGCGUCGGGCCAAGCGGAUACUUCUUGCCAAACAAAUACAAACUGGAAGCCAGCAGAAUUUAUAACAUGUCCCUGAGACCUGAUGACGUUUUCGUGGCUAGCUAUCCACGCUCAGGUACAACGUGGACGCAAGAAUUAGUUUGGAUGAUAGCAAAUGAUUUGGAUUAUAAAAAAUCUUACACGAUUCCACUGACAGAAAGAUAUCCAUUUUUAGAAUUUUCAGUUUUCGUACAUCCAGUAAUGAUGGAAAGAUUUAGAGCAGAGAACAGUGAUAGCGAACGCAAAUUAGAACUUCUCAAACAAGUUACCGAAGCAGGAACAAAACAAUUGGCUGAAACACCUUCGCCCCGAUUUGUCAAAACCCACCUGCCACUCUCUUUAUUACCACCGGAUUUACUCGAUACAGCUAAAGUGGUUUACGUAGCACGAGAUCCCAGAGACAUAGUGGUUUCAUUUUACCAUCUCAACAGACUUAUAAGGACGCAAGGUUAUGUCGGCGACUUUAAAACAUAUUGGUAUUACUUCGUAAAUGAUUUGCAUCAUUGGACGCCAUAUUUUGCACAUUUGAAAGAAGCGUGGGCUAAAAGGCACCAUCCUAACUUGCUAUUCCUGUUCUACGAAGAACUUUCCAAAAAUUUACCAGCGGCCGUGCGUCGUGUUGCUGAAUUCUUCAACAAGCAGUACACGGAGGAGGAACUAGCUCAGCUGUGUGAUCAUCUCAGUAUCGAAAGUUUUAAGAACAACAAGUCUGUCAACUACGACGUCAUGAAAGAACUUGGCAUUCUAAUACCUGGUGAACAAUCUUUCAUAAGGAAAGGUAAAGCUGGAGGUUGGCGUGAUUACUUUGACGAAGAAAUGACGAAGCAAGCGGAGCUUUGGAUCGCAGACAAUCUACGUGACACAGACAUGCGUUUUCCACAUUUAGAAAAUCAAUAGUUGAAAUAAAAAAGAAAAAAACAAAAAAAUGGUGAUAAACAUUUAUUCCAAUAAUAUGCUCUAUAUUUUAAUAUUUCUUUGUAACACCAUAUUUUUAGUUUACAUCGAUACAAUGUGAACUUUUAUAAGAACUAGAGAAUAAGUAAACAAUUAAAUCUUAAA